CCUUGGCUGGCAAUUGGCAACGAGUGUCCACCGGAUUUACAGAUGCAUUUUCCCAGUUGCAUUUCCGUCGAAAGUAAAAGUGUUUUCCACCGAACUUGCCGAUCGACAUUGAAUUAACUAGCACUCUUGCAUCGCUUUGCUUGCCACACAUUAGAUACAUUUCGCCUCUGUAGCUGGCAGGACGUCCUCUUUGACAACGCGCUUCGCUUCGCUUCGUUGCAACAUCGACAUCGAGAAAUCAAAGACCGAUUUCAAGUGUGUGUUGUAAGUGCCACAACUGGUGGGCGAAUUGACUGUUAUUAGUGAUUAGUUGUGUAGUGCAGUGUGAAUAUCAGUCAAACUGAGUGAUUACUGUCUCCAGUGAUAUGGUGACUCUCUUACUGUCCAGUUUUUUGCUCUCCUCCCCUGCUCCCUGCGAGUGAGUGUGUGCGUGAGUGUUUCACGUUGCAUAAACACCGAAAACUUUACAAGAUGUCAGUGCUGUUGCAUUUGCUGUUGCUGAUGCUGGUGUUUGCCGAGGUGCCAGCUUUUGGACGAAAGGUGAAACGCAAGGAUGCCCACUACCGAUUGACUGUGCCACCGCCGCCGCCAGCAUCGCCGCCACAGCUGCAACAUGGCAACGCUGCCGCACAAUCGGUGGUCAUCGAACACGAGGUGCCGCCCUACACCUUUGAGGACAUCAAUCACGAUGAGUUCGCCUCGCCGAGUAAUCCGCCUUUCUCUCGCUACGAGAGCUCCGACUACAUUCAUCACAGCACCCACAGCAAUGGUGGCAGCAGUGGCAGCUUCCUGGUAGACAACGGCUUACGCAGCAUUGCCAAGGGUUCAGCAGAUCAAGCCAUCUCAGCGGUGGCCAGUCAGAAUGCCGCUGGGAAGCAAGCUUCCUAUGUGGCCAAGAACACUUUGGCUCAGGCAGCAGCUCAAGCCGCUGGCACCGCAGUCGCUGUGCUCAAAGGCAAAGAAGUAUUGCUACGUCGCCUCGAAGAGCAGAGCAUCGAAUCGCACAAAGCGGUAGAGAGCGAACUCACCCAACUGCAACAGGCCAAGAGAUCAGCCAAAGCAGCGCAAUAUGCGGCACAGCAGGCUAUUAAUCACGUGAGUGUGCUGACAGCAGCACUUAAUAAUGCUCAAUCCGCCUCGGAGUUGGCGCAGAAGGCAGCAGCAGAGGCAGCAGCCGAGUUGUCCUCGCAAAUCGAUAUGGUGUCCACGGCCAAGGCGAAGCUGGAACAGAUCGAAUCGCAUGCGUAUGCAGCGCGUUUGGAUUAUGAGGAAACGCGCGAGGCAGCGGAGAAGGCAACACUCUCCGCUCAGGAGGCGCAACUGAAUGCCAACGAUGCGGCGUUGCAUGCGAAUGUGGAGCUCAGCGAAGCGGUGCACAUCCACGACAAGAGCGACCUUAAUGUGCAGGAAUCGGCGUCGCCGCCUCGCAGCAAUAAGAAGCGAUCAUAAAGCGAGACCCAGCCCCAGCCCCAGCUGAAGAGGCAGGUCAACUAACGGUGUCGUGGUCAUGGUCAACGGUCAGUUGCUUUCUGUUGCUGUUGCUGCUGCUGCGAUUAAACCUUUAAGUGCAAUUCAAUUAUUUAUUACCAUACACAUUCGUUUAUAAUAAAUCUUUACGCAGCUGGUUACCUUACAUAAUGAUCGUAA